AUGGCAGCUCAAGCACGAAUGAGAAGUGCGAGAGUACUUGUCGUACAUCUCGGAGCACUGGGCACAGAAAUCACCAAGAAUCUCGUUCUGAGCGGCAUAGGCUCGCUCUGUAUAAUAGACGACAAGGUCGUGAGCACGCAAGACCUGGAAACGCAAUUCUUUGUGGGAAAAGAGGAAGUCGGCAUUAAGCGGCUAGCUGCUGCUGCCCCUAGAAUUCAGGAUAUGAAUCCUAGGGUGAAUUUGGACUUUGUCGCAGAGGACUUCCGUAACAAGCCAGAUUCUUAUUUCCAGCAGUUCGACUUGAUCGUUGCUACGGAUCUUGAUAGCUUUGAAAUUACAAAAAUCAACAACAUUAGCAGAAAGUUUAGCUUACCGCUUUUUGUAGCAGGACUGAACGGUCUCUCGGGCUAUAUUUUUGUGGACUUGAUUCAAUUCGAUGCUACCGAUGACAAGUUGAAAAGUUCUAUGCCAACUUCCGUUGGCCAGGUUUCAGAACGUCGUGAUGUGUUAACGGUUCUCGAUCACUACAAUGAGGAGCAAAACAAGACGUACGAACAGAUUGUGACCAGAAAUAUCUACGUUCCAUUCGAGAAAAUGGUGCGCGAGGGAACACUAAAAGGAAAACUUACGAAAAGGCAGCUCAAGAGAUUAACCAAUGCAGUGCCACUCACGCUUGCCUUGCUUUAUGGUACAGAGGGAAGCAAGCAUGUUACUAGCGAAAUUUUGAAGGAAAAAGCUAAAAAGAUGUGUGUUCAAUUAGGACUCCUUCCAGAAAACUUGCAACAAAGAUAUAUCGAUCAAUUUUCAGAGCAAGCGGGUCUUGAAUUUGCACCUGUAGCUGCUAUUCUCGGCGGUGCAGUUGCCCAGGAUGUCAUCAACAUUUUAGGUAAGAAACAGUCGCCCUUAAACAACUUUGUGGUGUUGGACGGUAUUUCCUUGGAUAUGCAUAUAUUUGAGCUUUAG